UGAAUUACUAACUAACAAGGCGUUCAAUAUAAAACGAGCUGUCACAGUCAUAUAGUUUCAGUAUCACAUCAAAAAUGCAACAGAGUAUUCUAGUCCUUCUACUUGGCUGUGUGGCAUUUGCCAAUGCGUUUGGCAUCAGCCUGUCAUUUUUAAACCCAUCAACGGACUCUGUCGAGCCGCCAGCAAAUUCCAAAUUAUGCACACCCAUGGAGGAUGCACCUUCGGAAAGGGUUCACUCCCUGAUCUCGCCAACAGAUCAACCAAGUAGCACGCCGAUUGAACCUGUAGUCGUUAAUGGCAGGCCAGUGGUACCCCUACCCACACUAGCACCGAUUUCCACUUCAACUGCAACUCCGGUUAACAAAGGAACAUAUGGGGGACAUGUGCCUAAUCUUCCGGUGGAGUGCCAACCCACUCCUUUGGGUAUCGGAACUCGGUUGAGUUCGCAGCUCCUGAAAAUACUCACAGUCUUGGGCUAAGAGGAUACCUUUAGUAUUACUGAUUUAAAAAUUGUUUGCAAAGGAUCUUGAUUUUUUAAAAUUUAAGGAAUUUAACUAAUGGAAUUUAACAAUUAAAUAAUAACAUAAUAAAUCUGACGAUCUAAGAACUCA